AUGGAUAAGGCUAAAUUGUCCAUUGAUACGUUGCCAGAGAAGCUUGUUGGCCUGCUUUUCCCAAGUAGCACCAAGCCUAUGCUCACCUUCUCCGAUAAAGAGUUGUCGCCAGAAGGAUCGGCUUACAACAAACCACUAGAAGUUAUGGGGACGGUAAAAGUCCAAGUCCAAGUGGGCCCUUCUGAGCAUGAGAUUGAGUUUCAUGAACUUGAUGUGCCAGCUACCUUUAACCUACUUCCAGGAAGGCCCUGGUUGCAUUACAUGAAGGUUGUGUCCUCCACCCUCCAUGAAAUGCUGAAAUACGGAGUAGCCACUGUUUUUGAGAAUUCAUCCAUUCAUCCACUGCCAGAGGUAACUACACCUUUCCUAGAAAUCAAUCACGGUGAUAAGGAUGUAUUUUUUUCGAGAUUCACUCUAGCGGAAGCCCAAGUUGAGGACGAAGAUGAUGAGCCAGAAUCUGCUUCUAUUGAGUUUGUUGAGUCGGAAUCAGAUUCAAGCCUGUCCAAGGAGUCUGAGUCUGGCACUUCUGAGAGUGGUUACCCGGGUGCCAAGGUCCUGUCCAGAAUCAGAGUCUGCAUGGACUUCCAGGAUCUAAAUAGAGCUAGUCCGAAAGAAGACUUUUCACUGUCGCACAUUGAUGAAUUGGUAGAUUUCACUACUAGCCAUACGUUGUUAUCGUUCAUGGAUGGGUUUUCCGGGUAUAAUCAGAUUCUGAUAGCGCUUCAGGACAGAGAGAAGAUUGCAUUCACCACACCGUGUGGUAUCUACUGCUACAGAGUUAUGCCUUUUAGGUUAAAGAAUGUCGGGGCUACAUAUUAG